AUGACCACCAUGUUUGCAACCAAUGUCACAGGCUUGAUCAACAUGACACAAGCUAUCAUGCCAAUCUUCUUGAAAAGACCGGAAGGCGGCCGAGGUGACAUUAUCAACAUUGGCAGCGGCGCUGGAAGGGAAGCGUAUGCCGGUGGUGGUGUGUACUGUGCUACCAAAGCUGCUGUCAGAAGCUUCUCGGACAGCUUAAGAAAGGAGCUCAUUGCCACAAGAAUCAGAGUUAUCGAGAUUGAUCCAGGUCAAGUUGAAACGGAAUUUUCUGUUGUUCGUUAUUAUGGAGACAAAGGAAAGGCCGAUGCUGUAUACUCCGGAGUUGAGCCAUUGACUGCUGAAGACAUUGCCGAGAUUGUAGUCUUCACGGCCACCAGGCGGGAAAAUGUGGUCAUAGCAGACACACUAGUCUUUCCCAGUCACCAAGCAGGGGCGACCAGCUUGCAUAGAAAGUCAUAA